UGUCUUUCGGGGUGAGCCGAAGGUGGCGGCCGAGAACAUGAGCUGAGCAGUCUUUAUCUUAUCAGGCUCGUUUCCCCGAGUUCUGCGUACUGUCUUUAGAAAGCUUCAUUUCCGCCAUGAGGCGUCCUCACGUGGCAUAAUGAGUCGCUCCAGGAAGACUUGCUGUUGUUGUUGAGAACAUGCACUUUGAUGCCUGGCAAGUGUGACUCAAAUGUGAGAUUAAAGUUCAGCUAAGGGUUUUAACAUAAUCACUUUUGGCAGCCCUCGUUUAGUGUACUACUGUGCUGUUGACUUUUUUCAAAGUAUUAGACAAAAUGGCUGCCGAGGUUUGUCACAUUCUGUUUUAAUGUAUGCAGUUGUUCAUAAGUUGAGACAUUUCAGGUCAAAUAAAAGGAGACGCAGCAGAUGUGUUGCAAAAUUACGUGAGUGCUUUUCACUCGCCAGAAACGGGAAGUCAACCAGAAGUCUGCCUCACACAAACCACUCCGUCCCGAACACACCCCUCAACUAUUGGUUCCAUGGGGGCAGUUGUCACCACAGUAGGUCGUCCAAUACUGUAACUUACCUUUAGAGCAAAGUCGAAGUGCAUACGUAGACAGAAGAGAAGGAGGAGGAGGAGGAAGAAGGAGAAAUUAUUGUUGGUAACAGGCAGAGUUGUCUGUCAUCAGAGAGCUCAUCGCUGGGGAUUUCUUAAUUUUGAUGGAUUCCUAGAAGAGUGCUGAGUUCAGGUGCUGAUAUGUGUUCAUGAUGAGCAGUUUGGGGGAGAACUCCAUGGAAACUCUGAUCUCAGAAAACCGGAAACGCAAACUCUCCACUUGCGACACACCUGGUCUCGGGAGUGACAGGAAGCGGCGGGAGCAAGAAAGCAAGUACAUCGAGGAGCUGGCUGAGCUGAUCUCGGCUAACCUCAGCGACAUCGACAGUUUCAAUGUCAAACCGGACAAAUGCGCCAUCCUCAAAGAGACGGUGCGGCAGAUCCGACAGAUCAAAGAGCAGGGAAAGGCUUCCAUCAGCGACGAUGUUCAGAAAUCUGACGUUUCCUCAACAGGUCAGGGUGUCAUUGACAAAGACCACCUAGGGCCUCUUCUGCUGCAGGCUUUGGAUGGCUUCCUGUUUGUGGUGAACCGAGAGGGCAGUAUUGUGUUUGUGUCGGACAACGUGACACAGUACCUGCAGUACAAGCAGGACGAGCUCAUCAAUACCAGCGUCUACAACAUUCUACACGAAGAAGACAGGGAGGAGUUCCACAAAAACCUGCCCAAGACCAACAUAAAUGGAGUGUCGUGGGGAAACGAGGCAGCCCGACAGAAGAGUCACACCUUCAAUUGCCGAAUGCUUGUCAAAUUUGGCCACCCACAUGGCGCUAUGGAGGAGGGACCAGGAGGGCCACGCUAUGAGACCAUGCAAUGUUUUGCCCUUACGCAGCCAAAGGCCAUGAUUGAGGAGGGUGAAGAUCUGCAGUCAUGUAUGAUUUGCGUGGCCCGUCGGGUUACAGCUAUGGAGAGAACGGAGAGCUUCAAUACAAGGCAUGAGCUUUCAGGUAAACUAAUCCAGAUUGACCAGAAUUCUCUGCGAGCAUCAGUGCGUCCAGGCUGGGAGGAUUUAUUGAGGCGUUGCAUUCAGAUGUUCCUCCAGCAUAGUGACGGGCAACCCUGGUCCCACAAACGCCACUAUCACGAGGCUUUUCUGCAAGGCCACGCCGAGACACCGCUUUAUCGCUUCUCCCUGUCAGACGGUACGCCGGUCACAGCGCAGACAAAGAGCAAAUUGUACCGGCAUCCAAUGAGCAACGAGCCGCAAGGUUUCAUCUCGACUCAUCUCCUUCAGAGAGAACCCAAUGGUUACCGCUCAUCUCAGGCCGGCAACAUGAUGCCCAACAGCAUGAGACAGCAGCCCAUGGGAGCCCCCAACCCAAAUGCCCAAAUGAACAUGAACCCAAGUGGCGGGAUGGUGAUGGGAGGCAUGGGCGGCAUGAACCGGGGCUUCGGAAUGAACGAGCAUGGCCACAUGGGCCACAUGGGUCAGAUGGGUGGCUGCUCUGCAUAUGGAGGAAGUAGUGGGGCUGGGGGUGGAGCCAUGGGUAACCGCAUGAUGCAGAUGGGUCAGAUGGGCCAUAUGAGUCAGAUGAGUCCUAUGAAUAACCCAAACCAAGGCAUGCAGCAGCACCACCAGCAUCAGCCCCCCUUUCAGAGUAGCGGAGGCUUUGGGCUAAGUGGCUUGAACAGCCCUUCAGGAAGCCCUCGGAUGGGCGCUCCCCAGUCAGGACUCCUAAUGUCACCCCGGAAUCGAGGAAGUCCAAAGAUGGGCUCCAAUCAGUUUUCUCCUGGAGGCAUGCACUCUCCCAUGGGUGGCAUUUGCAGCGGUGGAGGAGGAGGCGGUGGGAACACCACAACCUACUCCAGCAGCUCCCUUAAUGCCUUACAAGCCAUCAGUGAAGGAGUAGGGAACUCCAUUCCCUCCACGCUGAUGUCUCCUUCGCCAGUCCAUAAACCAGAUAGCUCUCCAAGUGUCCACUCCUCUUCUUCCUCUCAGCCAAACCAAAUGGCCAAACCAAGUCAGGAUGGGCCCAAAAGCCCAGCAGGAGGUUUAGGGCCUGGGACUGCCGAGCAUCCCCACCCUUUGCACCAUCAUCAGCAUCCACAGGCUGAAGGUUCUGGAGACAGACCCGACAGCCAGGCAGCUACAACACCUAAAGAGUUAGCAGAUGGCGGAGGCGAGACUCCUGCGGUAACGUCGGAGCCAAACCGAAGGGUACCGGAAAGUAAGGGCCAUCGGAAAUUGCUGCAGCUGCUGACUUCGCCAACUGAGGAGCUCGCAAUGGGUGGAAGUGGACCUCCAGUGCCUCCUGCUCCGCAACCGUCAAACAACAGUAGUACUCCAGCAGCCUCCGAAAGUAAAGACCCAACUGGGGGGAUGACUAGCCCCUCAGCCACUGGGGUGUCCUCCUCCUCCUCUGUUAAUGCCAAUUCAAACCAAACGAGUGGCUUGGGGGCAGUGUCGGCUUCAGCCAGCUACACAGGAUCACUCCAAGAAAAGCACAAGAUUCUCCACAAGCUACUCCAGAAUGGCAAUACACCCGAUGAAGUAGCGAAGAUCACAGCGGAGGCGACGGGCAAGGUGGUACUAGGCGGCCAAGAGGGCAGUGAAGUAGGUUCUGGAGUUCCGGGGUCUGGGACCGGCUCCGGCUUAAUCAUUGAACCGAAGCAGGAGCAGCUUAGCCCCAAGAAGGAGAAGACCCAUGCCCUUCUCCACUAUCUCCUCAACAAGGACGAUUCCAAAGAGCCAGUGGACAUCAAACCCAAACUGGAGGAGCUAGAAGGCAAGGGACCCUUGGCGACAGCUUGCGGUCCUUCACGUGGUGGCCCGGGCCAUGUUCCUGAACAUCAUGAGAGCAAGAUCAAGUCAGAACCACCUGAUGACUUGCACAACCUUGAGUCUAUCCUGGGGGAUCUUAGAGGGACCGGCUCUGAUUUUUACCCGGAUCAGGCAGGAGGCGCUGGGCCAACUGACAGCAGCAAACCCCAGGGUUGCCUUGAUGACAGUCUUCAGGAGAGUCCAGGUUUGGGACCAGGGCCUCGAGUGCCAUUCCAGAGGACCUUGUCCGUAGAUGGGAAGCUUUCUGGAAGCCUUGGAGGAGGAGCAAGGCGCCCCAUGAUUGUCAAGCAGGAGAAUAUGAUGGGAAGCCCAGACAGCUAUCCAGGAAAUAUGGGACCAAUCAAUAGGGCUAUGGCUACCCAGAGGUCUCCCAUGGGGGCAUCCGGAGACUGGUCUAUAUCCCGCUCCAGUCCCAGUCCAGUGGGUUCAUCGGUUCACCCCUCCAUGAUGCGUCCCAACAUGGAGUACAACAGUAGCAAAGGAAUGAUGACAGGUCCCAUGGUGAGCCGCUCUACCAGUAACCCGGGUUCCAGGUCUAUGCUACAGCAGCAGCUCAUGGAUAUGGGAGGCUCCACUGACAUGAUGAUGAGUGUGGGUUCCUUCAACCAGCAAGGCCACCACAAUCCUUCGUGGCCUGACACUCUAAUGGGGAUGGAAGGCAACAGACGCCAGUUUGCAAACACUUUAGAUGAACUUCUGGCACCGCCCACAACCAGCGAGGGUCAGAGUGACGAGCGGGCGCUCCUAGACCAGCUGGAUUCGCUUUUGAACAACACAGAUGGCACCGCGCUUGAGGAGAUAGACAGGGCCCUCGGCAUCCCGGACCUUGUCAGUCAGACGCAGGGAGCAGAACAAUCAUUGGAGCCUUUUCCGGGACAAGAACCUUCCAUGGUUCUGGACCAGAAACCUCUUUAUGGACAAGGCUAUCCCGGACCCCCUAGCAUCGCCAUGCAGACCGGCUAUGGAGGGAAUCCUAUGCAGGGGCAACCUCAGCAAGGCGCAUUUGGACCCAUGCUGUCACAAAUGGGCCAAAGUAAUAAUUUCCCCGGCAUGGGUGGAAUGGGGAACAUGGGGCACCCCCGGGCCAAUAUGAUGAGGCCCAGGAUGAUGAGUGCUAACAAACCCAUGAGGCUCCAGUUGCAACAAAGGCUGCAGGGACAGCAGUUCAUGAAUCAGACACGGCAGGCCAUGGGCAUGAAGAUGGAGAACCCUGGAGGCAACCCCGGCAUGAGGCCUGCUAUGCAGGCGGGCAUGCCUGGACAGCAGGGCUUCCUGAAUGCUCAGAUGAUGGCUCAGCGCAGCAGGGAGAUGGUGACCAUGCAGAUGAGAAGGCAGCGCAUGAUGAUGCUGAUGCAGCAGCAGCAACAGGCAGCUGCAGGUGGAUUCAGCCCCCCGCCUAAUGUCACAGCCCCUGGCGGCAUGGACAGUAGUGUGGGAGGACCCAACAUGGGUCAGCCUGGCCCGCAGCAAUUUGCUUAUGGAGGGAAUUACGGUAUGAGUCAGCAGGGAGAGCCCUCGUUUGGCCCAUCUGUUGCCAGCAGUCCUCCGAACGCCCUGAUGACGGGCCGCAUGGCGACUCAAAACGCCAUGAUGCAACAACACCAACAGGGCGGUCCCGUGUAUCAGAGUGCGGAAAUGAAGGGCUGGUCACAGGGUGGCAUGGGACGCAACAGUUCGUACCCUCCGCAGCCGUUUGGCCAACAAGUGCCUCCGGGACAGCAGCAGUUUGGGCAGCAAGGAAAUCCGGCCCAGUACGGGGGCAUGAUGAUGAACGGUGGCAUGGCGUCUGGUGGAGGAGCAGGUCACAUGGGUCAGAUGGGAGGACAGAUGGGAAUGAAUCCAAUGGUGAUGGGGCGCAUGAUGGGGCAAGAUCAAAAAUAUUGCUGAGCUUCAUGGGAGGACAUAUUGACGUGUGGGAAACACACCACUGGGGUCACAAGCCUUUGGAUUUCUGGCUUGGAGGGCAGACGUGGGGAAAUUUCACAAACACUGUGACACACACACUCACUCACACUCGUUGAGAUAACUUUGCGAAACCCCGCCGAGUGCAGUUUGAUAUUUCUGUCCAAACAGGUGCUCAUGUAGACACGCUCCACUUGUUGGCCGGUGUCAGUGGGCACGAUGAGCUCAUGGCAUGGAUGGCUGGAUGGAUGGCUCGUUCAUGUGUAGCUCCAAAGCCUCCUUUGUCGAAUGUACCGUGUAACUGCAUUUUCCUCAGUACCGUUCUUUAAGUUCCCUCGCUUCCGACGGAGGUGCCGACAGUAACGAUGGUUGUAGAGCCGAAGCAAGCCGGCGGAUUGUGACACUCAGAUGAAUGUCAGGAAAGAAGCAGCACAUUCUUUCAUCCUCCGAGACUCGGCGGGCUAGCGUACAACUGAAUUACGUGUUGGCUGAUUGCACUUUAAGGAGAGGCCGGCCGGCAUCAACGGGAUUGUGGCACGACAGAGGCCUUUACUCGAGUUUGAACCCAGAGCAGAAGGUGUUUCCAGUUUUUUUGAACGUUUGGAUCAUUUGAGGGUGGGUGGGCGAUAUUUUGAAAAUGGGCUUGAGAAUCUCCCUCUUAAGUGGGAACCAGUAGAAAGGUAGCAAGCACAGAUUUUACAACACUUUGUCGUCAGUGUACCAAUUUAUGAUAAGACCAGAAAUUGAGGGCGGGGAAAAAAAACAAAAGAUCCUUUUAAAAACACAACUGACGUAUAUUUAUACAGAUUCAAGAGGAGGAGGUUUUAUCAAUCCAGAGGAAAUUUUUUUAAAUCAGAAAGUUGAAGAUAUUUUGGUUACCUGAAAUUUUCAUUGUUUGAACAUACAGAAAUUGAAAAGUGGCCAAGUUGAUGUGUAUGUAAAUUCACACUGUAAGAUAACUAGAUUUCUAGCAAUAAUCCUUCCUCCUGGUUCUCGUCUGUGUUGAAGCAUCAGUUCCUCAAAGUGGCGGUACUGCAGUAUUAGACACAAUGUCUUGUUGGAAAUCCUUUAACUGUUAAUAGUAAUUGUAAAUAUUCUUCAAAUGUACUAUAAAGUAUAUAAUUAUAGUAUAUAUGCUUUUGUAGGUCACAUACUUUUUUGCACAGAUUGCAAGGCUUAAUAUUUAAUUGUCUUAUUCCAUCAUAGGUCAUGUUUUAUUUGAAAGACUUUAACCCUUGGUUGGAAAAAGAAGUCCUGAAAUUGUUUUGAAAGCAGUACAUGUAUAAUUUCUUUCGGACCGCACUUGCAUCCUCUCAAAAAGCACUUUUUGUUGUAAUUUUCAAAUCAUUAUUUUUAUUUUAUUAGGGUAUAAGCUUUGAUAUAGAGGUGCUAAUAAAUAAAAGGUAAAAAAAAAUAAAAAAUUGCAGGGCUAUAUUUAAAAUAUAUUCAAAAAGAGUUGUUUUUGCCUCAUCAUUGUGUAGGGGCUAGAAAUGCUAGCGGUAAUCUGGAUUUUGCCAAUGGGCUCCUUGCACACAGCGCUGUGAUGUCAUAUCCAUGACCAACAACUACACGAGCCGUCUAUUCAUUCAUCUUAAGUAAACAGCGUACAGAGUAUGAGCCGUAGAAAAUUGUAGUGUCACUAACAAAACAUUUUAGAAUCGAUUAUUCCACCGAUUACUCUGACCUCUUGAAAUAACACUUAGGUUUGCCAAAGUUGUGCAUUUAAGUAGCACAAAGUAGCUUUGCAGUAUUUAUGCAAAACUUUUUUUUAAAUGUGUAUCGUUUUUUUUUUUACCCUGGGCAUCGGUUUCCUUUGAGUGUAUUCCUCCAUGGUAGUCCCCAUUGAACGCAUCUUUCGACAACAAAUGGCCAUUUG